CAAGACAACCAGACAUGAGUUUGCAUGCUCAGCACCAGAAGAGAGAGCUGCGAGAAGCGUGAUACAUUGUCCAUUUUGUGCACAUAGACGGAUAUACACCAAAGUGACAGGGGAGAAAAUAGGCGACACAACUGGGCAUUGAGACCCCCCGAACCUGGCCUGGCCAUGGACGAUCAGGCAGGGCCCGGAGUGUUCUUCAACAAUAACAACAACUCGUUGAUAGCCAGCGUCGUCGGUGGGAAAGCACCACAAACCGGCGACGGCGGGGGCGGUGAGGCGGCUAGGGCGCAGUACAGUAUUCCGGGGAUACUGCACUUUCUGCAGCACGAAUGGGCCCGGUUUGAGGUCGAAAGAGCGCAAUGGGAAGUGGAACGGGCAGAAUUGCAGGCUCAGAUCGCCUUUCUGCAGGGAGAGAGGAAGGGCCAGGAGAAUCUGAAGAAGGACCUGGUGAGGAGAAUCAAGAUGCUGGAGUACGCCCUCAAACAGGAGAGAGCAAAAUAUCAUAAACUCAAGUAUGGCACGGAGCUGAACCAGGGUGAUAUGAGGCCUCCCAGCUAUGACUCAGAUGAAGGGAAUGACACAGAGCUUCCGGAACCCUCAAAUAGCCAGCUGAGCUGGAAGCAGGGACGCCAGCUGCUGAGACAGUACCUGCAGGAGGUAGGCUACACGGACACCAUCUUGGAUGUAAAGUCCCAGCGGGUUCGUGCUCUACUUGGUUUGACCGGGGACGCCGGGACAGCCGAGCGGACGGCCGAUCGCUGCGCCGACAGCAUGGUGAAUGGCACCGAGCCCUCCUCCCCCAAAGAGGGCGCCAAAACGGGGAAGCUAGAGAUGUCUGACUCUGCCACAGUGCUGGAGGCCUUUAAGUUCAUUGAGAGUGCGGCGGCCGAGUUUAGCGACGACGAUGAGGAUGAGGACAGCGAGGGCCGAGAGAAAACCAUCAUGGACCUGGCCACGAUGGUGAGGAAGAAAGCGGCGGCGUCUCCGUCCCCCUCCUCCUCGCCGUCCUCAUCCGCGGACCUGAGCGACGACCCCGACACGGAGGAGGCCAUGAAGGGCUUCGACUUCCUGGCCAGCGCUGACGAGGCCGACGGAGCGGCCGACCCCACCGGCGCCGACUGGGAGAAGGAUGAGCAGAGUCCAGGGGAGGCCUGGGAGGUGGACCAGGGCCUGAUCACGCGACUGAAGGAACAGUACAGGAAGGAGCGCAAGGGCAAGAAGGGGGUCAAGAGGCCUAACCGCUCUAAGCUGCAGGACAUGCUGGCUAACCUGAGGGAUGCUGAGGACCUGCCCUCCAUGCAGCCCCCAGUCAACCCCCCUCCCGGCCCCCCCAUCCCACGCCUCAAUGAGCACGAGCUGGGACGCACCCGACGAAGGCAAGACAUGGGCAUCCCCUCCUCGGUUGACCUGGUUUGUAGUGAGCCUGCCCACAUGGUGGCGGCGUUCGACAGCGGUCAGAUCGGCAUCUACAACAUGGAGACUCAGCAGCUCCUGCUCAAACUGGACACUGAGACGGCAGGCGAAAGUGAUGUCUCCUUUCACAUAAAUAAAGUGCUCAGUCACCCCACGUUGCCCAUCACCAUCACUGCCCAGGAAGACCGACACAUCCGUUUCUACGACAACAACACAGGUAAGCUCAUCCACUCGAUGGUUGCCCAUCUGGAUGCAGUGACCAGUCUGGCAGUGGACCCCAAUGGCCUGUACCUCAUGUCCGGCAGUCACGACUGCUCAGUGCGCCUGUGGAACAUGGACAGCAAGACAUGCAUCCAGGAAUUCACCGCACACCGCAAGAAGGAGGAGGAGUCCAUCCACGCCGUGGCGUUCCACCCCACCAAGUGCUUCAUCGGGAGCGCAGGGGCCGACGCUCUCGCCAAAGUCUUCGUAUGACCACACACACACACACACACACACACACACACACACACCCCUACCGACCUGCUGAGGACAGGCUGCUGGGCGGCUCCAGGGAACGAGGUGGAGGACUGGCUCAGCGG